AAUAGAGUUCUUCUAGCUAUAUAGGUUUGUAUUUAUUGCACACAACCUUAUGUUGCCAGUGUUACCAACAGGUAAUGGGAAAAAGUGUUUCCAAAUCUGAAAUUAUUGACACAUCAAUUCUGCCACACGAGAGCGCCAAACUUCGUGAGAAAGUUUUAAAACGUCGCUUGCAAAGUCCGCAGCGAAUUCGUUCUCGAAGAUUUUUAACAAAUUACGACGCCCUUGCAGUUGCCGGGACCAUUGCACUGUUUAUCGGAUACUUUGUGGUAGAGAACAUUCGAAACGGGGAUCGAAACGUUCGUCUUGAUCUAACAAAGGAAGAAGAUUGGGAGGAAUAUAGAAAGAAGUUUCCGUAUUUGAGGGCAGAAAGAAAAAGUGUUUACGAACAACUGAGGGAUAAAUAUUACAGUAGUGAAGAUAAAUAAAGAUGGGACGUAACCAGCGUGAUCCAGAUCGUGUCGUUCGUGGCCCAGGACCAAAAUCUCGCCGACAGAAAGAUCUAGCGAUGCCAAAGAAGUGGAAAGAGGAGCAAGAGCCAAACAAGAAAAUUUCCAGUCGUGCGAAAGUUCGUGCCAAGAAACGGGAUUUGAAGAAACAACUUCUCACCUCGUUGGUUGAAGCUAAAGCUGAAAAGAAAGAAGCAGAUAAGAUUGAAGAAGAAGAUGAAAUAAAAGAAGAGGAAACUUUACAACUUCUAUCAGAUGAUGAUAGUGACGAUAUGCCCGAUGAUGAAUUUGAUCUUGAUGAUGAUGAUGAUCACGUGGAGGCUGAGAUUCGUGAUCGCGUGAUUGGUGAGAUGAGAGGAGAAGAUCACGAGGAUGAUUCAAGCGAUGAUGAGGGGGAAGAUGGGGAACUCCCUAUUGAGAGAAAAACCAAACAAGUUCUACAGAAAAGAUCUCAACUUUCAAAAGCCGUAAAGGAAAACAACAUUCAAACGAACAUUGCUGAAACUGAGACUUUUGUUCUUCCAAGUGGACAGGAGAUUGAGAAAGAAAGCACCCAACCCCCUGGUCUAGAUCACAUCCAUCAAAGAAUUAAAGACGUUGUUGCCGUUCUUUCAGAUUUCGGGAAUAAAAGAGAUCCAGAAAGAACACGCAAGGAUUACGUAAACGUAUUACGCAAGGACCUGUGUACAUACUACAGUUACAAUGAUUUCUUGCUUUCAAAGUUCAUGGACAUGUUUCCACUCACUGAGUUGAUCGCAUUCUUAGAAGCAAAUGAAGUAAAUCGACCAAUCACUAUUCGGACAAAUACUUUGAAAACUAAAAGAAGGGAUUUAGCGCAAGCGUUAAUUUCUCGAGGAGUAAAUCUUGACCCGUUGGCAAAAUGGACGAAAGUUGGACUUGUGGUUUAUGAAUCUCCUGUUCCUAUUGGUGCAACACCAGAGUACCUUGCAGGACAUUACAUGAUACAAGGUGCUUCAAGUUUUGUCCCUGUGAUGGCACUUGCCCCACAACCAGGAGAACGCGUGUUGGAUAUGUGUGCUGCACCUGGAGGGAAAACUACAUACAUAGCUCAAUUAAUGAAGAAUUCUGGUUUUAUCUUCGUGAAUGACAUCAACAAAGCCCGGUUAAAAGCAGUGGUGGGCAACAUGCAUAGGAUGGGUGUCAGUAACUCUGUUAUAUCAAACUAUGAUGCAAGAUCCUUUCCUACAAUAAUGGGCAACUUUUCGCGAGUAUUACUGGAUGCCCCAUGCAGUGGUACAGGUGUUAUAUCAAAAGAUCCCUCUGUUAAAACAAGCAAAGAUGAUUCUGACAUCACAAAGUGUUCUCAUUUACAGAAAGAGUUGAUAUUGGCUGCUAUAGAUUCAUGUAAUGCUCAAGCACAGAAUGGUGGAUAUAUUGUUUACUGUACAUGUUCUGUCAUGGUUGAAGAAAACGAGGAAGUUGUAAAUUACGCCUUGAAGAAACGUAAUGUUAAGUUGGUUCAAACUGGCCUUGAGUUCGGAGUGGAAGGAUUUUGCAAAUAUCGCCAAUAUCGAUUCCACCCAAGUUUGAAACAAACUCGUCGCUUCUACCCUCACUCACAUAACAUGGACGGGUUUUUUGUUGCGAAAUUUAAGAAGUUUUCAAACAAGAUACCGAGUUCUGAUGACGUGAAAGAAAAACAAGAAGUUAAAGAAACAGUAACUGACGAUGCUGCUGAUCCAAGCACUUCCACUGAUCAAGAUACCGAAGACAAAACUUCGAAAAAACGUCCAAAAGAAUCGGACGACAAUCCCACACCUGUUAAGAAAGCAAAGACAAAUAAAAAGAAACAAGGUAAAAAGCUGAGUAUGCAGCAAGUUAAGAAAUAUCAAAAACGAAAACAGAAGCCUGGAGCUCUUGUCAAACCUGUACCUGGUUUGCUUGCCAUGAAACGAGGGGUUACGAGGUUUAUCAAAAAUAAACAAGAAAAUAAAGACACCCCUCCUAAAAGAAAAGUAAAAUCUCCGAAACCAAAAAAGAAAUUUCAGAAGAAAAAAGAAGAGAAAAAAAAUCCAAAGAAGAAAAAAGAAGAAACUAAUUGAUGAAAAUAUUGUGUUUAUGCGGUUUAUCGGUAAUAAAAUGGAAACUAAAUUGA